AAUAAAAAAACUAUUUUUAAUGUAAAUUAUAAACUUAUAAAACACUUGUGUUUACAGAACGAGAUAAUUAGCCGACGAUUUUCGCGAUCAAACUCACUAAACAGUGGUUGCCUUCCCGGACAACUGCCCAAAUUUUACUACCCAUUGGGUCGGCCCUAUUCAUCACAUGAGGUCGAGACACAGAUACGCAAAAUAACGGCCGUUUUUGACCGCUUUCCGGCCAGAAUUGUUGGCCGCAAAGAGUUGGGAGCGAUACUCAAAAUAGUCGGUUUACCCCUCUAUUGGAAGGAACCCGUGUUUAGAGCUGUGAAUAACUCAAACAUUAAUAUUAAUAACAAUAAUAAUAAUAAUAUAAAUAAUGGAAAUGGAAAGAAGGAUGUCAUCAGUUGCGAGGCUUUCGUCGACUAUUGGAAAAAAGUGAUAUCGACGUGUUAUGACAACGCGUCGCGUUUUGUCAAAAUCCUGACUUCGGGUCAACGAAACUAUCUGUUGCCCGAAGACUUCGGACCCAUGAUUCAGGACGUGAUCGACACACACCCGGGUCUCGCCUUUUUGAAAGAGGCCGAAGAGUUUCACUCGCGAUACGUGCAUACAGUGAUCGCCAGAAUCUUCUAUUGCGUGAACAAGUCGUGGACGGGAAGGAUAUCAUUGCCUGAACUGAAAAAGUCUAACUUUUUGCAAGUCGUGUCACUUCUCGAAGAGGAGGACGACAUCAACCAAAUCACUGAUUACUUCUCUUACGAACACUUUUAUGUGAUUUAUUGCAAGUUUUGGGAGUUAGACAAAGACCACGACCUCUUCAUUAGUAAAGCCGAUCUCAGCCGACAUAACGACUCCGCAAUUUCCUCGCGAAUGAUAGACCGAUUAUUUUCAGGGGCUGUCACUCGGGGUCAGACCCGAAAGGACGGCCUCAUGUCGUACUCGGAGUUCGUUUGGUUCAUACUGUCCGAAGAGGACAAACGCCACCCGCGGUCUAUAGAGUACUGGUUU